AUGCCAAAUCCCAGCAUCUUUACCAUUAACAUCUACCAGCUGGUAGACCAAAGAGUCAACCCGAUACGCCUGACUCCAGUUUUUCUUCUGGGGAUAGCGAUGAUUCAACUUGUGAAACAGUUGCCAAGAAAACUCCCGUUCAGUCCAAGAUUAAACUAUCUACUCCAACCCUCAAAUCACAUGGAAAGCAUCAUUGGUUCAGCAAGUAAAAGGACACCAGACGUUUCAAAACCGCCAAAUCAAAAAACCAAGACAGCAACACCAAAAAUUAAAUCCGGCAUCCGUAAAUACACUCCUGGAUCCUCUAGAAAAAGCCAGAAAAAAGCACCAAUCCUACAAAAUAGAGACAAGGUUCGAUGUGAGUUGUUUAGUCAAAACCCAGAGAAGAGUGAUGUCCCAACAAAACCAGAGCAAAUGCUAGCACCUGCACCAAUGCCUCCAGCACCGGCACCUGUUCAAGUCCCAGUGCCAGAAACUCCAUUGAAUAGGAAACAAAUGCCUGCGUCUUAUGCCGCCACUCCAUCAUACCCGCAGGGUGUGAUUGGUAAUAGCUCAAAGAUUUUGUUUAAAACUACCAGCAUCAAAGACAAAAAAUAUAUGUUCAUUAAGAAAUUGGGAACAGGGGGUUCCAGUGAAGUAUAUAAGGUACUUGAGGUGGGAACUUCAAGUGAGUAUGCGGUAAAGUGUGUAUAUUUAGCAACAGAUCAAGAGCUGGCUCAGGGAUACAUUAAUGAAGUGAGAUUGCUACGAGAGCUACAGAACUCUGACCGUGUAAUAAGACUGUAUGAUUAUGAAUAUGACCGCACAAACCAGCUGCUCCGUAUGGUACUGGAAGUUGGCGAGACAGACUUAUCUUCGUUUCUACGGGCGCGCGGUUCUGGCCUACCUCCAGCGCUGGUGCUGCAUUACUGGGAGGAGAUGCUGCUAGCUGUUCUAUAUAUACAUGAACAUGGCGUGAUCCACGCCGACCUGAAGCCGGCCAACUUCCUGCUGGUGUGCGGGCGGCUGAAGCUGAUCGACUUCGGCAUUGCGUCCGCUAUCAGCGGCGACGCCACGAGCGUGGUGCGCGCGCAGGCCGCCGGCACCUACUCCUACAUCAGCCCCGAGGCGCUGAUGGGUGGCGCGGGCGGCUACGGCCGGGCGGAUGACGUCACGAGCGCGCCCAUCAAGAUCUCAUUCCGCUCGGACGUGUGGUCACUGGGCUGCAUCCUGUACAGCAUGGUAUAUGGGCGCACACCCUUUAGCCAUAUCCCCAAUCUAGCCAAGCUGGCUGCCAUACUCGACCCUAAUCAUCGCAUUGAUUAUCCACGUGUUGACCAUCUGCCCCCGUCGCUGAUAGCGUCUCUGAAAUGGUGCCUGACGUACAACGCGCGUGCUCGACCUUCGGUUCGAGAGCUACUGUCGGUGCGUCACCUGGCUACGCCACAAUCGCCUCUGCCACAAUCGCUGCUCGAUAAAGUGCGUCAACAUCUGACGCCCGACGAAUUGAGACUACUCCAACGCGCCCAAGUG